UGUAGAAAUGGGGCCAUGCAGCCCAUGACCUCACCAGUCCCUCACGCUACAAGGCUGUGGGUGUUGUGUUUGUGGCUCCAGCUCCCCCGGGGCCUGCUCUGGCCCCAGCUGCCCAGCUCCACCGUCUCCCAGGGGACCCGCUCUGCUGACACCGGACUCUUUCCUGGACGGUCCAGCCAUCUGGCCGACACUCGAUCCCAGCCCCACUUCCAGGCCAGCGUCUGCCGACCAGCCCGCUUGGGCCAGGGCCCCAAGACUCCCUGCUGAAGGACAAGGGGCCGUCUGUGCGGUCCCUGGGAGGGUGUGGUGAGGCCAGGGCUCUGCCAACACAGGCAGAAGCCUCGAGGACUGGGGACGGUGCUGGACCCUGCGACCCAGAGCCACCGCGGCUGAGGAGACAGCAUCAAGUGUCGGCGCUGCCCAGCCCUGGGCUCCCUGCACCCCACCCCUUCUCACCAUGGGGACCCUCAGCUGCGACCCCACUCCAAGGCAGACCCCGGCGCCCCUGGGUCGGCGCUGCACAGAGUGCCAGAUCCCAGAGACCGGCCUGAGGAAGACCUGCAGGAUGGCCACCUUGGAGAACGGGUCCGGGCCAGGCUUGUACGCCCUGCCAUCCACUGUCGGCUACAUCAACCACGACUGCACCAGGGUGGCCAGUCCUGCCUACUCCCUCCUCCGGAGGCCCAGCCAGGCAUGUCCACAGGACUCCAGCCCUGGGCCAGUCUACUUCCUGGACCCAAAAGUCACCCGGUUUGGCCGAAGCUGCGCUCCUGCCUACUCCAUGCAGGGCAGGGGCAAAUCUCGAGGUCUGGAGGUGACACCCGGCCCUGGGGCCUACAGCCCAGAGAAGGUGGCCCCCGUGCGCCAGCGGACCCCCCCGGCUUUCACCCUGGGCUCCCGCCUGCGUCCACCGCCCUUGGACACGUCAGCCCCUGCUCCCAAUGCCUACACUCUGCCAUCUCUCUGGGGUGCCCAGAUCUUCAUCAAGCCCAGUAGCCCCAGCUACACAGUGGUGGGCCGCACACCCCCUGCCCGCCCCCCACAGGACCCCACUGAGAUACCAGGCCCAGGCCAGUAUGAGAGCUCAGACCCCAAUGCCUACCGUCAGCGCCCGCCUGCCUUCACCAUGCUGGGGCGGCCCCGGGCCCCACAUCCCCUGGAGGAGACUCCUGGCCCUGGCACCCACAGCCCUGAGCGGGUCACUGUGACCAAAGCCAGAGCCCCGGCAUUCACCAUGGGCAUCCGACACUCCAAACGGGCCACCACCAUGGCCCCGGACACACCAGCACCCUUCCGCCUUUGGGGGGCAGAAUGCAGGCAUGCAGGCCAGUACCUGGGCUAAGCCUCACAUUUCCUACCCCCUGAAGUGGGGUGUGGGCAGGCCCCGCCUGGGCCUGGCUUUGGCCGGGGUGAGAUGGCUUAGAAAAGCUGGGGGGCGGGGGGAACCUCCUUCCUUCCACUUUUCUGAGCUGUCUGAGGUCCUUCUAGGCCACCUACGUCCUCCAGUCCCUGGGGCCUGUGACCCCGUGGCCCUGUGCAGGGUGAGCCUCCUUCCAGCGCCCCAGUUUCUUCUCUCCUGGUCAUGCCAGGCCAAGCAAGGCCAGGCAGAGAAAGAGACACCCUGGCUCUCCCCAGUGGCUGGCUGGAGACGGAGCUUCCUGUGUCCUAGAACUUGGUGUCCACACUGCUAGGACCCGGGUCCCCAACACAGCUCAGGUUUCUGCCAAAAUUGGGAUCUAAACUGUUUCUCAUGGAAGCACAGCUUCCUGCCCUGAUCCCAGCCCAAAAUCAGGCUGGAAGUAGUCCUGAUGCCCUCCCCUCCCCGCCCCCUCCUCUAGCUGUUUGCCAAUAAAUCUCUGUGGCAUCAAGAGCUGUCAGCAGCACACACGCACCCACGUUCAUUUUAACCCAGGGUCUAUUUACAUCACAGAAGAUCUGAAACACUGCUCUCAGCAUCCAGACCCCCAGCUCUGCAGCACCUUGGCGUCUGGAUGGGACCAGAGGAGGGAUCCAGAGCUGGGGGAAGCCCAGAGGUGGAGGCAGAGCUUGGAGUGGGGGGAGCCAGGUAGGCUUCUUGGAAGAGGGGACGUUGAAGCUGGGUUCUGAAGGAUACAUAGGAGUUUGAUAUAUUCUACAAUGUGCCAGAUGUUGAUAAAGAUCAUUUAAGCUUC